AUGCCUAAAGAGAAGAUUCAUAUUAACAUUGUCGUUAUUGGGCACGUAGAUUCUGGUAAAUCGACCACCACUGGACAUCUUAUUUACAAAUGUGGAGGUAUUGAUAAACGUACAAUUGAAAAAUUUGAAAAAGAAGCCCAAGAAAUGGGUAAGGGAUCUUUCAAGUAUGCUUGGGUUUUGGAUAAAUUGAAGGCUGAACGAGAAAGAGCAGCAGGAACUGGUGAAUUUGAAGCUGGUAUCUCUAACAACGGACAAACUCGAGAGCACGCUUUGCUUGCUUUCACUUUAGGUGUCAAGCAACUGAUUGUAGGAGUUAAUAAAAUGGACUCAACUGAGCCACCAUACAGUGAGUCUCGGUUCGAAGAAAUCAAAAAAGAAGUAUCUAAUUAUAUCAAGAAAGUUGGUUAUCAACCUGCUAGUGUUGCUUUUGUACCAAUAUCUGGUUGGCAAGGUGAUAACAUGUUGGAACCAUCUGAUAAAAUGCCUUGGUUCAAGGGAUGGAAAAUUGAACGUAAAGAUGGCAACGCUGAAGGAAAAACUUUGAUUGAUGCUCUUGAUGCUAUUUUACCACCAAGCAGACCAACUGAAAAGCCUCUUCGACUGCCAUUACAGGAUGUAUACAAAAUUGGUGGUAUCGGUACUGUGCCUGUUGGUAGAGUAAAAACUGGAGUUUUGAGACCUGGUAUGGUCAUUACUUUUGCUCCGAUUAAUUUAACUACUGAAGUUAAGUCUGUUGAAAUGCACCACGAAAACUUACAAGAAGCUGUGCCAGGAGAUAACGUCGGUUUUAACGUCAAAAACGUUUCCGUAAAAGAAUUGCGACGUGGAUACGUUGUUGGUGACGCUAAAAAUAAUCCACCAAAAGCUGCAGCUGAUUUCCUUGCUCAGGUCAUUGUGCUAAAUCACCCUGGACAAAUAUCAAACGGAUAUACUCCCGUAUUAGAUUGUCAUACGGCUCACAUAGCCUGUAAAUUUGCUGAAAUCAAAGAGAAAUGUGACCGUCGUACAGGAAAAACAACCGAAGAAAAUCCCAAGAGCAUUAAAACAGGAGAUGCAGCCAUCGUUAACUUGGUUCCAUCUAAAUCCAUGUGUGUUGAAUCUUUCUCCGAAUUUCCGCCUCUAGGUCGUUUUGCCGUUCGUGACAUGAGGCAAACCGUUGCUGUCGGAGUUAUUAAAUCUGUUACUCAGAAGGAUGUAACUUCUGGAAAAGUAACGAAAGCCGCAGAAAAAGCCACAGAAAAAGCCAGGAAAAAAUAA